AUGAAGCUGCGCCGCCCGACAUUCAAGCCAAUGUUGCCGAAACCAAAGGCGCCUGACAUGAUCGAGCAUUUUGCGACGGAGAUGUUCAAGCAGGCUGGAAUGAGGAUCUUCGUGAUGUCAGCAUGGCAGAACCGGGAAGGCAAACUAAUGUUAGGAGUAUCUAAACUUGUUAAAGACACUGACUUCAAUGAGCAGUUUGGCGGCGGCGAAAGCUUUUUGAAGACAAGGGACUGGGAAGGGAACUUCAUGCCAGACUGGCGGCAAUAUGCCGACGUCCAGGAUGAAGAUGUCCCCCAGGUGGUGACAACCAAGAAACGUGUGCCGCGAAAACUCCUCGAACUGGAGGAGGACGAUGAUGGGUGGCCAAUGCUCCCUGACACCACAGGCUGGAAACGCAGCGAUCAACAGCAUAUCAUUCGGUCGUUCCUCACUAGGCACUACAGGAUGUGCAUGGGAAAAGACAAAGCAGCAGCAGCGGUGCCAUGGGGUGACUUGGUGAAGAGCCAAUCAGAUUUCUUUGACAACACCUACUGGCCCGCCGACGUGCAGUUGGUGGAACCUUCAAAGAUGGACAAAGCAGAUGCCACCGCUCUGUUGUAUUUCUGGCAUCACCGACAGGAAAAGAAGCUUCGCCCAACCUUCUGUUUCAAAGCUUGGAAAGACACUGACGGCGAGAUGGAGACAUGUGCAAAAUCUUUCCACAAGGCAGUGCGGCGAGCUACUCGGCAUGGCCAGAGCACCGGUAAGCACAAACGUGCCUCAACACACCAUGAGCAAAGCAGUGAUGAGGAAGAAGUGGAAGAGGAGCAUCAGUCAUCUGCCGAUGAAGAUCAGGAGGCUUCAAUGUCUGCCAAUGACAGGGAUGAAUCAUUCCUUCCAAAGGUAACUCAGAGAGGCCUGCUGCCAGUAUCCAGUGACGGCCCCAGCGAUGACUUGGCAUCUGAUAACCUUGCGCCUCAAAUCAAUGAUUCCACUAGCAGAUAUGCCAAGGCAACACCUCCAGUCAGGUCAAAGGUGACCAGCAAUAUCAAAGUUCCACUCAACACAGCGCAUGAACCGGCAAAAUCAGGUCCACACACCACAAGGCAAGGUCUUUGUUCCAAUGUGGAGAAUGAGCCGCCGGCCAAGGCAUCAAAACGCCGUGCCACCGCUGAGAAUGAGCCACCAACCAAGGCAUCAAAACGCCGUACCACCGCUCCUAUCAGUGACACGCCGGCUAGGAGAACCAGGAGCAAGGCAGUGGUUGCUGAAGCUCCAAAGGCCAAACGGAGUAGGAAGUGA